AUGAAAUUCACAACCGCCUUCCUCCUUGCCGCUUCCGUCAAUGUCAUCACUGCUCUCACGGCCUCGUUCGAUGGCUGCAAUUACAACGGUCGUGGCGCAACAUCUUACGCAAACGGCCCAUGCACAAAGGAAAUAUGCGGGCAUAUCGACUGCCAAAUGGCUUGUCAUCAAGCAGGCAUCCAUGACAGCCCAAACGACUAUUACCUUGGUGUAAACUACAAUGGUUAUAUCCAGAAUUCGUGCAGCUGUGUGUGCUACAAGCGCUAA